AUGCUGGGAACCUCAGCUUUAGAUCUAUACCAUUAUGAAUCUUCCUCUUCAAACAGGAUUAAGACAUUUAAUAAAACUUUAGAUAAAGUACUUGGAGGUGGGAUAAUAUUAGGAAAGGGAAUUUUAGAAUUAUGUGGUAUUCCUGGAUCAGGGAAAACUAAUUUAUGUAAACAACUCUCAUUAAAUGUUCAAAUCCCAACAUCUAUUGGAGGCAUAGAUCGCAAUACAUUAUAUAUAGAUUCUGAGGGUUCUUUCAGUAUACUUAGGCUGAAAGAAAUGGCAAAUUCUCUGGUAGAGAAAUUUUAUCACAAGUUAGACAAUGAUGAAAGAAAAACCUUUACAGUAAACAAACUUAUUGAAGGUGUGAUCUAUCUUCGUAUAUUUGAUCUAAAUGAGCUUAAAAAUAUUGUGGAAAAUUUAGAGAUGAUUUGUAAACAAAAGAAUUUGGGCCUUAUAAUAAUAGACUCGAUUAGCAUAACUUAUAAAUUAAAGAUGCAAGAUUAUAUUGCUAAUAAACUGGUUCUAAUUUCCAAAAAGAUGGAAUUAGCAGUAAUUGUAACUAAUCACAUGACAUUUAAAUCAUUAUCUGGGGAAUUGAAGAAUCAGCUAGAUUCAUCUAAAAGAAUAGAACCUUCAUUAGGAUCUUCAUGGGAUUCAUUAAUAAGUUCCAGAUUUAUCUUAAAACCAAUUAAAACUUAUAUAGAGAAUAGUGUAAUUUUUCUUACAAACUCUGAAGGUGAUACUAUACCUUUCCAGGUAAGAUUAAAAUUUCUUAAAUUUAUUAAAGUAAAUAUUAAAUUUAUAACUUGA